CGGCCAUCUUCUUUCAGGAACCGGCUGACUUCUCUCCCCCCCCCCCCCCCCACCCGCUUGCUGCAAACGAGGCAGCCCAAGCCGGCCUUUCGGCCAGGGACUGCCGCGCCGAAUAGGAGCUUGCUGGGCCCAGUGGAGAGGAGGGGGAGGCCCGAAGAAAGGCAGGACAUUCGGGCAGCAGCCUCCCCCGUAGGGCGGGGAAGAAGGGAAAGGAGUGGGGCGCCUCAGUUGUCAGCCCCUGGGGAGGGGGCGAGGCUGGGCUGGUGGUGCUUCCGCCCGGGGUCGGUCCCGGUGCCCCUCUGGCUCUGUGGCCGGCCAGCUGAGGAGGCGGGCAGGCGGGCGGGGGGCUGCUCCUCUCUCGAUGGGAGGAUAAGCGGUGACCAUGUUCAGCUUUGAAGGGGAUUUCAAAACCAGGCCCAAGGUGUCCCUUGGAGGAGCCAGCAGGAAGGAGGAAAAGGCAUCUCUUUUGCAUCGUACACAAGAGGAAAGAAGGAAACGAGAGGAAGAAAGGAGAAGGCUGAAAAAUGCAAUAAUCAUCCAGUCCUUUGUACGGGGUUACAGAGACAGGAAGCAUCAAUAUUCCAUUCAGAGGAGUGAAUUUGAUCGCUAUGCUAAUUUAGCACAAUCUGGAGGAAGUUUCUCCACGGCCAAUGGAGCAAAUCUGACCCUUUUAGUUCGGCAACUUCUGUUUUUCUAUAGGCAUAAUGAGGAUUCCAAGCGUUUGAUAUGGAUAUGUCAGAAUUUGAUUAAGCAGAAUUCUCAAUUUGUGAAGCAGCUUGACGGCCCUGACAAACUUACAUGCCUGUUCCAGAUCAAAAGGCUGCUGGGGCUCUGUUGCAGGUUGCUGCAAAACUGCAGUGAUGACAGUCUGAAUGUUGCACUUCCUAUGCGGAUGCUUGAAGUAUUUUCUUCUGAGAAUACCUAUUUGCCUGUUUUACAAGAUGCUCACUAUGUGGCAUCCAUCAUUGAACAAAUCUUGCACUAUGUGAUUCAAAAAGGAUACUACAGGUCUCUUUAUCUGCUAAUAAAUAACAAGCUUCCACCAAGUAUCGAGUAUUCUGAUGUCUCUCGGGUUCCUAUCGCAAAAAUACUGCUAGAGAAUGUUCUGAAGCCAUUGCACUUUAAUUAUAGCUCCUGUCCAGAAGAUGCCAGGCAACAGAUCUUUGCUGCUUUUACAGAAGAGUUUCUGGCGGCACCUUUUACAGACCAGAUAUUCCAUUUCAUCAUUCCAGCGCUUGCAGACAUGCAGACCUGUUUCCCUUAUGAACUCUUUCUGAAUGCGCUAUUGUUAACAGAAAGCAGACGCUCAAGGAAAAAUGAGAGAGCACCAUGGCUUUUUUAUUUUGUUCUAACAGUUGGUGAAACGUAUUUAGGGUCUCUUUCAGAAGAAGGGCUGCUGGUGUAUUUACGAGUACUCCAGAUGUUUCUUUCUCAGUUACCUGUAUCCUCAUCAGGUACAGACUGUCAGGAUUCAACGAGUGACUCAGAAGAUGAGGAUGAGGAAAUAAGUAAGAUGACUUCCAUGCCUGGAGAUGGGAGAAUAUCAGUCCAAUAUAUAACAGAAGAGUGUCUUUCAAAACUGGAUACAAAACAGCAGACAAACACUCUGUUAAAUAUGGUUUGGAGAGAUUCAGCUAGCGAAGAGGUCUUCACACUGAUGGCCUCCAUUUGCCACACUCUGAUGGUGCAGCACCGAAUGAUGGUUCCAAAAGUCAGACUCCUGUAUAGCUUAGCUUUUAAUGCCAGGUUUCUGCAGCAUCUUUGGUAUUUAAUCUCCUCGAUGACAACUCGAAUGAUUACUGGGUCUAUGGUGCCACUACUGCAGGUGAUAUCACGAGGCUCGCCAAUGUCUUUAGAGGACUCCAGUCGGAUCAUCCCCCUCUUCUACCUUUUUAGCUCUUUGUUUAGUCACUCACUUAUUUCUAUACAUGAUAACGAAUUCUUCGGUGAUUCUAUAGAAGUUGUAGGUCAAAGACAAUCAUCAAUGAUGCCUUUUACAUUACAAGAUCUGGUAAUAUUAUCUCGUUGCCUUCGAGAUGCUUGCUUAGGAAUUAUUAAAUUAGCAUAUCCAGAAACCAAGCCGGAAGUUCGUGAGGAAUAUAUUGCAGCAUUUAGAAGUGUUGGUGUCACCACAAAUACAGAAAUGCAACAGUGCAUACAGACGGAACAGAAACGAUGGAUCCAGCUAUUUAAGGUAAUCACUAACUUGGUGAAAAUGCUGAAAUCUAGAGAUACGAGAAGAAACUUCUGCCCACCAAAUCAUUGGUUGUCAGAACAAGAAAACAUUAAAGCAGAUAAGGUUACGCAGCUUUAUGUGCCAUCAGCCAGACACGUGUGGAGAGUGAGAAGAAUGGGAAGAAUAGGGCCACUGCAGUCUACGUUGGAUGUGGGCUUGGAACCAGCUCCCCUUUCUGUGUCUGAGGAGCGACAGCUUGCAAUAUUGACCGAACUACCUUUCGUGGUUCCCUUUGAGGAAAGAGUGAAGAUUUUUCAGAGACUGAUCUAUGCUGACAAACAAGAGGUUCAAGGAGAAGGUCCAUUUCUGGAUGGAAUUAAUGUCACUAUCCGAAGAAAUUACAUUUAUGAAGAUGCAUAUGAUAAACUGUCCCCUGAAAAUGAACCCGACUUGAAAAAACGGAUCCGUGUUCAUUUACUAAAUGCCCACGGUCUGGAUGAAGCUGGUAUCGAUGGUGGAGGAAUAUUCAGAGAAUUUCUGAAUGAACUGCUAAAAUCAGGGUUUAAUCCUAACCAGGGCUUUUUUAAGACCACUAAUGAAGGACUGCUUUACCCUAACCCUGCUGCACAGAUGCUUGUUGGAGAUUCUUAUGCAAGGCACUACUAUUUCCUUGGGAGAAUGCUUGGAAAGGCUUUAUAUGAAAAUAUGCUUGUUGAGCUUCCAUUUGCUAGUUUCUUCCUAUCCAAACUGCUGGGGACAAGCGCUGAUGUGGAUAUUCAUCACCUGGCUUCUCUGGAUCCUGAAAUGUACAAAAAUUUGCUUUUCCUCAAGAGCUAUGAAGGGGACGUGGAGGAACUUGGCCUGAACUUUACGGUGGUGAAUAAUGACUUGGGGGAGGCACAGGUGGUUGAACUGAAGCCAGGAGGAAAGGACAUUCCCGUCACCAGCGCUAACCGUAUUGCAUACAUCCAUCUUGUGGCGGACUACAGGUUAAACAAACAGAUCCGGCAGCAUUGCCUGGCUUUCAGACAGGGUCUUGCCAACGUUGUUAAUCUAGAGUGGCUUAGGAUGUUUGAUCAGCAAGAAAUUCAGGUUUUGAUUUCUGGUGCACAGGUUCCUAUCAGUCUAGAUGACCUUAAGACUUUUACCAACUAUUCAGGUGGUUAUUCUGCAGAUCAUCCAGUAAUCAAGAUUUUUUGGAGAGUUGUAGAAAGCUUCACAGAUGAAGAAAAACGUAAAUUACUGAAGUUCGUGACGAGCUGCUCCCGACCUCCUCUGUUGGGGUUUAAGGAAUUGUAUCCUGCCUUUUGUGUACACAACGGAGGAUCGGAUCUAGACAGGCUCCCCACUGCCAGCACCUGUAUGAAUUUACUGAAACUCCCAGAGUUUUAUGAUGAAAACCUUAUGCGGAGCAAACUUCUUUACGCCAUCGAAUGUGCAGCUGGAUUUGAGCUGAGCUGAAGCAGGAUCAGACGCCCUGUCGGAAGAACUAAACCAGUGCCUACUCUGCAAGCAGUGCUAAUGCCAAGCCAGCUAAGGGAAUUCUGUAUAGGUUUCUGCGGCUCACUGUCCUAUCAAACACUCUCCAGUAGGCUUCAGUUCUAGCGAAAGAUGUUAACUCGCUGUCAUUCAUUAGCAUUUAACUACAUUGACGCUACCUUGUUCUGUUUUAAAUUAAUGAACGCCGUGUGCAAUUUUUGGUAGGGUUUUCCAAGGGAUCGAGCAUGUUCAAGCACAGCAACCAUCUUAGUGGGAAAUAACCAAAGAUGAAGCUUUGAGUUUGUGCUGUUCAAAUACAAAUAACUUCACAAGCUGGCAAUAAAGCAACGUACAAAGCAACCACUGGGAUGGAAACAGGGUGAGGUCCUUGGAGCGGGAAGCAUAACCAUUUUCUCAAGCAUCCCAGAAACAAGAGGCUAAAAAUAACAAAAGGAAAGUAGUUCUGUGUCUUUUUUUUCCCCCCCAAGUGGCAGAAAUCGUUUACAAAAUCUUUCUGCAACUGCAAUUUUGUUACAACUGAGAGCAGAAUUCAUUGUUAUUGUCUCAGUAGCAAGGGGUAGAGAGUUUUUAUGUCCUUUCUGUGUUUCUGAAACCCAGAUGGUCAUGCUUUGGUCCUCAGUUACUACCUUAAAUUUUGUCAUGAUCAAUUGGAUGUUGUUACGGGCUGAUGUAACUAUAUCCACGUGGUUCUCCCUCCCACCAUUUUAUUUUCUCCUCUGUGCCUGUUCACUUCUUUUUUAAAAUGUAUCAAACUCCUUCAGCGUGUAUAGACAAUAGUUGUGACUUGGGAGUCGGGGGGAAGCAAAUAUCUGUAUCAGCUAUUAAAAUAAUUUUGAACUGCAGCAAUCAGGUUUUUAUCUUUUAUAUCUGAAAGCCUGCAAGCGUUCACGUAAUCCCAUUUGCUUCAUUCACCCAGGAUAACUCUGUGUGUAUGUGUGUGGUGUACAAACACAGGGCUGCUCUCAUUGUUUUCCAUGGCUUAAGCACCUAAGAGCCCACUUUGCCCAGCUCACAGGUCUCUUUGGACAUGGAGGAAGGAGACAUUUGACACUUGUCCGUAUGCGAAAUGUUCGUUUUGUGUGAGAGGAGGUGGUUGAGAACUAGUCCCCAUGCUGGGUCUACACUUGUCUUCACGUGCAAUUCUUGCUUUUUAAAAAAAUUAUAUAUAAAUAUUGGAACUUAAAUCAUCAACAGAGGCAGAAUCAAGUUCAUUCUUUAGCGUCUGUUUUAAAAAGAUCGGAGAAUUUUACAACAGGGGCUACGCCAUUCAUGGUUUCCUGAACUUUAAAACAAGACAAGACCUAUUUUACUGCUGCAGGAAGCUCCUGAAUUUCAUAUUUAAUUAGCAGUAAAUAGCAAUAUAUUUUAAAUGUGCAAAAGAGCUCUGAGUGAUUUUAAGAUGUUUACUAGUGUUAGUACAAAAUGUAUAAUUUCAUGAUUUGGAUAAGAAAAAUGAAGUGUUUAAAAAUACUAUUUGUAGUCCCAAUGUAUAGAAAUAAAGCAAUUGUUUUCUUUUU